AAAACUCUGAUGUUCUUAGAACCAGAGAAAGAAGUGUAUCACCACGUCGGAAUCGAUUGGUGGCUAGAAGAUGUAAAGCUUCUGAUUCAACCAUGGUGGGAGAUAGAUUCGCACAACGUGAGACACAUGGUGCUUAUGAAACCAGCGAAGCCACUGGAGGAAGACCAGAAGAAUGUGCGAAAUAUAUUGGGAUUGUCUGAGACAGAGGAUUGGCCAACCCAUAAACUGUCGUCUAUGGAUAUACUAAUAUGGAACUGUAGGGGUGCUGGUAAUGCUCGAUUCCGGAGAAAUCUGUGUGAAUUAGUAAGGCUACAUAAACUGGACAUGAUCAUACACAUGGAGACAAAAGUGGAGCUAAACACGAUGGGUAUGUUUUUCAACAAUCUGGGGUUUACGACCUUAACCCAUGUAGAUCCAAUUGGCAGAAGUGGAGACAUUUGGCUACUUUGGAAUCCUAGUCAAGCUAAUGUGGGAGUUCAUGAUGCUUCUUCUCAGAUGAUCACAUCUACUAUUUCAAGACAAGAUUAUCCUGAUUGGGUAUUAUUUGCAGUUUAUGCUAACCCAAAUAUUCGAAUGAGAGAUGAACUCUGGAAUGAUUUGACAACAUUGGCUCAACAUACCCAAGAACCAUGGCUGGUAGCCGGGACUUUAAUGACUACUCAAGCUUUGAGGAUAAAAGGAGCUUCUCAACUUCUCAAUCUCAAAGCUUAAGCCAGAGUCAAAGAAGGAGCCAAAAAUUCUUUGAUAGAAUUAGUAGUUGCAACCUCAUGGAUUUAGGUUGUGUUGGCCCUAAACUCACUUGGACUAAUAAUAGGAAAGGGUGGGCCAAUACAAUGGUGAGAUUGAACCGUGCACUCUGUAACACAGAAUGGCAAACUUUAUUUCCUGAGGGCUAUGUUCGCAACUUGCCUCGGACCUAUUCAAAUCAUUCUCCUCUUCUUUUUCACACUCAAGGAAAAAUCAAACUUAACACGGAUGGAAGCACUCGCAGACAUGGAGGAGAUGGAGGUUUUGGUAGAUUAUUCCAGGAUGAAACAGGAGCAUGGAUUAGUGUAUACAAUGGAAGGCUUAAAAUAUGCACCUGUCUUGAAGCAGAACUUUGGGCAAUCUACAAGGGGCUGACCAUCAUACUCCAAUGAGGUUUCAAUCAAGUGAUAAUAGAAACGGAUGUGGAGCAAGUGGUGAAACUGUUAAGUGAUGAUCUGGGAGAAAGAUGUCCUUUUCGGGGCAUUGUGAAAGAUGCACGUAUUAUCAUGAGAGGAUGUGAUUGCUCCAUCCAACACAUUCGAAGAGAAGCUAACAUCUGUGCUGAUGCAAUGGCCAAAUUAGGUGAAUAUCAAUCUGGAAAUCUUCUUAUUGUAAAUGAACCACCUAAAGAACUCUACACCUUACUUGUAGCGGACAUUGUGCAUCUCUCUGAGGAGAGUGAUAGGACGUAGUCCUUGUUUGAUUUUAUUUUCCAAUGUACC